UUACAUUAUUCUAACUCUCAGUCUGUGAAUAAAAACAUUGAAUUGAUAUUCCUAUUUUCAUUUGUUCUCUUCAAAUUUUAGAAUUAAAUUAUAAAUUUUACAUUUUAAGGUGAUAGCACCAUGUAUAGAAUAUAGGCGCAAUGUGGAGCACAAGUGAGAACAAGUCUUGAAGGCAUAGAUUACUUUGUUGCUGAAGGAGGACGUGCAAUCCGUACCAUCAUAGAAAUCCUGGACGAACUAGCUAAGAUGAACAUAAUUGAUCGAGAAAAACACAAAGAAUUUUCUUCAUUGCUUUUGCAGUGUAAACAGUAUCUACGAACAGAUUUCAAGGUGCAUAUUGCUGCAAAUAGUGAAGUAGGAGAUCAUUGUCUGAUGUAUGCACUUAGUGAUUCUAUUCAUCCACAGUUUGCACAUCCUUGCCAGCAUCAACACAAUUUAGUGUGUGUCACGUGUGAGCAGCUUAAAGAUGCAACCUUAUCAAUACAGAAACUAUUGGAGUGCACAAAUAUUGUCGGAGAAAAUGAAAAACUGAAUGAUAUGAUUUUAAAAUCAAGCAAUCCAUUCAAAGUAUCAAUAAUUUAAAGAGGCAUAUUGUUCGUUGUAAGAAUCAAGA